CAACUUCAUAGUUGAUAGCAGCACUAGCCAUUACCACUUCAUACAUUUGUUGUCUUUAAUUUGAAAACUUAUCCUUUUCCAAUUAAGCCAUGUGUCACACCCCUGAUUAUUUCUGGUCAUACCUUCAAUCCCUUUGGUCUUCUUUAUUUGUUAUGAUUUUUCUCUUCAUGAUUAUCAAAGCCUUAACAUCUCCCUUUAUUGAGAAGCCCACAAAACACAACCUCCCCCCAGGUCCCAAACCAUGGCCUAUAGUUGGUAAUCUCCCUGAAAUGCUUGCAAACAAGCCUGCACCUCAGUGGAUACAUAAGAUGAUGGAAGAAAUGAACACUGAAAUAGCAUGUAUCCGCCUUGGAAAUGUCCAUGUAAUCCCUGUUACUUCCCCUGCCAUUGCUCGUGAGUUCUUGAGAAAACAUGAUGCUACUUUUGCAUCAAGACCAAAAACCAUGGCUACUGAAGCCAUAAGUAGUGGUUAUUUGACCACAGCUGUUACUCCCUUUGGCGAACAAUGGAAGAAAAUGAAGAAAAUCUUGGCCAACGAGUUGCUUUCUCCCCUGAAGCAUCAAUGGCUUCAGGACAAAAGGAAUGAAGAAGCUGCUAACCUUGUGUUCUAUGUCUUCAACAAAAGCAAUUACAAUGAUCAUGAUCAUGAUCAUGGCCUUGUGAAUGUUAGAAUUGCUUCACAACAUUAUUGUGCUAAUGUGUUCAGGAAAAUGGUUUUUAACACAAGGUACUUUGGGAUGGGUAGGGAAGAUGGAGGGCCUGGAUUUGAGGAAACAGAACAUGUGGAUGCUGCUUUCGUGUUGCUCAAGUACAUUUAUGCGUUCUCUGUUUCUGAUUAUGUACCAUGGCUAAAUGGACUUGGCUUAGAUGGCCAUAAGAGCAAGGUGAAGAAAGCAAUGAGGAUUAUGGAGAAGUAUCAUGAUUUCAUCAUUGAAGAGAGGAUCAAAAAGUGGAAUGAAGGAACCAAGAUUGUUAAAGAGGACAUGCUGGAUGUUCUGAUCACACUCAAAGAUGUCAAUGGUGACCAAUUAUUGACAUUGAAGGAAAUCAAGGCGCAAAUUAUAGAAUUGAUGAUGGCAGUGGUGGACAAUCCAUCAAAUGCUGUUGAAUGGGCACUAGCAGAAAUGAUAAACCAACCUGAGUUGCUUCAAAGAGCCACUGAAGAAUUAGACAAUGUGGUUGGAAAAGAGAGAAUGGUCCAAGAAUCAGACAUCCCUAAACUCAAAUUUCUGAAGGCUUGUGCAAGAGAAUCUUUUCGCAUGCAUCCCAUAGCACCUUUCAAUGUCCCUUAUGUCUCUAUGAAAGACACAAUGGUUGGAAAUUACUUCAUCCCAAAGGGUAGUCAUGUGAUUUUAAGCAGAAGUGGUCUUGGAAGAAACCCAAACGUUUGGAGUGAGCCCCACAAGUUCAAACCUGAACGUCAUCUAAAAAGUGAUGGGUCUGAUGUAGUUUUGUCUGAGCCAGAAUUGAAGUUCAUUUCCUUUAGUACAGGAAGGCGUGGUUGUCCUGGGGUGAAUCUUGGAACAACAAUGACUAUGGUGCUACUUGCUCGGUUACUCCAUGCCUUUAAUUGGAGUGCACCGUCCAAUGUGUCUAGCAUCAAUCUUAAUGAGUGCAAAAGUGAAAUGUUUCUUGCUGAACCACUUUUGGCAAUAGCAAAGCCAAGAUUAGCCACAAAAUUGUACCACCUAUAAAUUAAGUUAAAAUUUACCUAGGCAAUAACUAUAUAGGUGAAGUUUGAAUAAUGUGCAAUAUUACACAGAAGAACUACCAAAUAAAGAAAAGGACGGACUGUUAAUGAUGA